AUGAACAGAGCCAACAAGCCAUCCACCCUUCCCGCCACGCCCGGCCCCGAGCCCCAAGCCCAAGUCACUGUCUCAAGUGACAACUCCAGAGUCGCCGCACAGCUCCCCACCGGCGAGAGCAUCGACGUCCUGCUCCACGGCGCCACCGUCCUGAGCUGGAAGGACGCAGCCGGCGAUGAGAAGCUAUGGCUGAGCGACGCCGCCAAGCUCGACGGCUCUGGCCCUGCGCGCGGCGGCAUCCCGCUCGUCUUCCCGGUUUUCGGCACCUCUGACCACCCCCCCGUCGCCAAGCUGCCCCAGCACGGCUUCGCACGAAACUCGCGCUGGGAGUUCCUGGGCAAGUCGACCUCCGAGGGCGCAACCUCGGGCGUCAAGCUCGACUUUGGCCUGUCCUCCGACAACGUCGACGAGACCAUCCAGGCCCUCUGGCCGUACAAGUACACCCUGCUCUACAGCGUCACCCUCGAGCCCAAGAACCUCGUCACCACCCUCGUCAUCUCCAACGACGGCGAGACUUCCUUUGAGUUCCAGACGCUGCUGCACACAUACUUCAAGGUCAACAACAUCGAGGACGUCCAGGUCACCGGCCUGGAGGACGCCUCCUACAUCGACAAGGUCGACGGCCUCAAGACCAAGGCCCAGUCCGGCGCCGUCACCUUCUCCGGCGAGACGGACCGCAUCUACACCCCCGCCAUCCCCCCCAGCGAGCCCCUCGUCAUCACCGAGGCCGGCAAGCCCAAGUUCAGCAUCGUCCGCCAGAACCUCGAGAACGCCGUCGUCUUCAACCCCUGGGUAGAAAAGGCCAAGGCCACCGCCGACCUCGAGCCCAAGGACGCCUGGAAGAACCUCGUCUGCGUGGAGCCCGGCACCGUCGGCGGCUGGCACCAGCUCGACAAGGGCGACACGUUCGAGGUCGCCCAGACCAUCUCCCUCCCCUAG